GAACAGAAGCAGUUCGUGGCCCAUCCCAACACUCAGCAGGUAUUGUCGUCCAUCUGGUACGAGGGUUUACCGGGCUGGAGGGGCAGCAAUAUCCUCAUCAAAAUCCUGCGUUGCGUAGCCGUCCUGUUUAUGAUGCCUAUCGAUGCCUUGGCCUACUUGUUCUUUCCUAAGACGCGCUUGGGUCAGAUGAUGCGCUCUCCCUUUAUGAAGUUCAUGCACCACAGCUCCUCCUUCGUCAUUUUCCUGGCGUUGCUGGUGCUGCUGUCAGCUAAGGUGGCCGGGUCCAACGAGAGACGGGGCCGGCCGCCGGACGUCGUCGAGGCCCUCAUCUUCGUCUGGGUAAUAGGUAGGUGCAAAGACUCCGGCGAGUGACUGAUUCAUUCGAGCCAAGAAGACAGGUACACCCCGCGCAGACAGGCACAUGGUGACACGCGUAUUUCCGCUCUUAGACCAAGAGAGGGCGCAAUUUUCCUAGCAACGGAGGCUUCUUGAUGGGAACCGCACUCUGCUAGUUCACAAACGACUGUGACAUAAACGCCAUACGGCCUCGACGCUACCAACGAAAUGAACCCUUCCAACCAAUACGGGUCUUCCGUCUGUGUACAUUUCGUUCUUCGUUUGUUAAUUUGAAAACGAAAAAAUCCAAAAACAAGUCGUUUUUCAAUGUGAACAAGUUAAACACAAAUUGAAAAACAAGUUGUUUGCCAUUUGAAACGAAAAAACCCAGGUCGUUUCUUGCUUGACAUCUUCAAAACGAAUUACGACAAUUGUUUUGUGUUUCUUUUCAGUGUGGAAACGAGUAACAUUGUAAUCUAUUGAUGUACUUUUUUAAGAAUAAAAAAGCAAUACCAUA